AAUCUUCUCUUCCAGAUGUUUGGUCAGUAAUUGUUACAGCUUAUGGUAUAUUCAUCUCCCUGCUUACACUAAAUGCUCCCAAAUGAAGGCCAAGUCCCUCAGAACAGCGUAUGAUGUGUUGCUGCGCAUGCAGUCCAUCAAACUUCAACCUGCUGAUGAAGUCUGCUAUCGGGUUUUGAUGUUACUAUGUGGACUAUAUGGACAGCCAAUCCUAGCAGUGCGGGUGCUGUUUGAAAUGAAGAGAAAUGGUGUUCAGCCUAAUGCUAUUACUUAUGGAUAUUACAACAAAGCUGUGUUAGAAAGUAAGUGGCCUGCUGCCGAGACGAACGCAACUCUCAUGUGGAACAAGUUGAGAAAUGUUAUACUUGGUGUGACGCAGUUCCGUCACGGUUCAAAGAAGAAAGCUCAACGAUCACUUUCAUUAGGAUCGGAUAUUGAAUAUGACCAAGUCAGCCGAAUGAGCACUGACGAAGAAGGCUCGGAAGACAAAACUCACCAGAUUGAAUUAACGUCUGACUUGGGACAAGUUGAUAAGUAUAGUUCAGGAGGACAAUCAGAUGGUGGCUAUAGCUCUAUGAAUGCAGAAGAAGCCCAGAAAGUGGCACUGAUGCAAACACCUGUACAACCAUCUGGUGUUGAAGGGACAAAAACAAUCUCAUCCGAUCUGUUUAAACCAGAUCUCCCUUCUGUGCAAGUAGGUUGUCCUGGAUCCGUGAGAGCUUUGAAGUUCGACGAUUUGGACUUCUCAGCCGCAGAUGCUUUUAGGAACAGGGUUGGAAGUAUAGUACGUAGUUCAGCCAGCAGCCUGAGUAGUCUGUCUGGGAUGCCCGAUAUCUCAGUGGAUAGCUAUGCUGGAGUUCUGAUCACAAGUCAUCCGUUGCUGGUUGAUAGUCCAACUAAUGAUGAGCAGGGUAACGAACAUGGACGUAAACGACACAGAAGUGCAGGAAAUCACGGGCGGAGAACUAGUCGAACGUAUAGAUUGAGACAUUACAGUGGUCCAUUAGCCCAGCCUCUAAAUGAAGUUGACUCUCCUCAAAUGUUUCUACGCUCCAGGAGCUUUGGCAAUGAUACCCAAAUCAUCCGAAAAAUUAGGAAUGAACCAGUAGCCCUCAAAGAUCCAAAAGGAGUUGAUCACAAAGAACCUCCGCUGUUGACUGUAACAGAAAAUUCUGCUAGUACCUCUCCGACUUUAGGAGAGAACAAAGAACCAGCAAGAGUUUUAAAACUUAGUUGUUGUGAAGAAGAAUCGGACACUGAACUUGCUACAGAAUGUUCGGAAGAGACAAUCACAUCAACUAUAUUACCUCGUCCUAGAUCACCUAAUAUCCCCAUUAAAAGACGGGGUAAAACUCCUCAGAAUGAUCAAAGUAUAUCACCCGACUUCCAUUCCUCACUACCUGAAAAUGGUAGUUACCACAGUAGUUCCUGUGGUAGUAAUGACAGUGAAUUACAGGAAACUCAAGAGCAGGAUUUUAUUACAUCCACCUUCAGUCCUCUGAAAGAGACCUGGUUUAAUUGGGAGUAUUUUACAACUAAUUCACUUCCUCGAGUAGCAUCUAGUCUUAGCUCGACGUUAGGAUUGAGCAGUGGUGAUGGUGGGAAAGUUACCCGCAGCUCAACCUUUCAUGGCCCUACACACAGAUCCUCGAAUAGUUCACUUACGAGUAAGCUAACAGCUGAUGACUCUGUAGAAGCUGCAAGCGGCAGAACUACUCCAUCUUAUUCUGUGACUCUCCCAGCAACUCCAGAAUCAAAAAGGAGCUUAAAGAUUGUUGGAACAAGGACUCCCGGUCGACCAUUUUCGGUUAGCAUGUCUUCAUUUAGGUUACCUAAAUUAACGUCUAAGCAUGCAGAAAUGUUUGACAGCCUGAUGUCGGCAGCUAAUUCAGUUGCCACUAAGUUUACUGAGCUCAAACAGUCCUGGUCAACAUCCAAUACUCCAACAAAGGGUAAGAGCUAG